ACAAUUUGUGAAUGUUAAUUUUUAUUUGUUGUAGAUUGUUAUUAUCUUAUUCAACUGUAUGCGGUUUCGCAUAGCUGUGUUCGAUAUUUAUAUAAUUCAAAUGACGGUAGAAAACAUUCGAUUUUCAUGCAAGAUUUGAGUUUUUUUUCAGAUGUCUUCAUAUUAAUUUUAUUUAAUUCGUUUCUAACUCUUUUGAUGCAUCGUUUCAGAGUACUAAAUAUAAGCAUUUUUAAUGCAUUUAACUUUACUGAGAGUAGUUUCUCCCUUGUUACAAAAGUGGCUUUCCUGUGUUUUUGGAAUUAAAUAUAUUUUUCAAGAUUUUGUUCGAAACGCAUGAUCAAAUUUGUUUGGAAGGAAUAUGACAGUGACAAACGCUACUUCGCUGCUGCUUUUAUUCCAGUCAAAAAUAGAAGAAGCAGUUAAUCUUGUACCCAAAAUGUGUCCAGAAGAGAAACUAAAAGCAGUUCAAUUUUGGAAUAUAGUAUCAGAGAAACUUCAAGAUAUCGUAAAUAAUAGUGCUGCUGAUAUCAAUGCUGUUGCUCUUAAAAUGGGUGUGGAGGAUUCUGAGAAGAUUAAUUUAGAAAUUGAAAAUUCUGCUUCUUCAAAUAUUUCUCCUGAUUUCAUGCAUUUGCCUUCAAAUUAUGCUAUAUGCAGUGAAACUGAUUCUCAGUAUAAUAAUACUAUUAUUAAUAAUACAGAAUUAAUAGCCAGUGGAUCUCAGUUCUCAACUAAUACAGAAGACAAUGCUGAUGUAACAACAGAACCUCAUGUCCAGUACUUACGUACAUCAGUUGAUUGUCAUGGUCAUAUAUCGAAACCAAAUAGCCAUGAUUUAUCUAAUCAGUUCUUGAAUAUUGAAAAUCUUCAUUCUGAUAACUGUAAUACAUUUAUUGUAAACUCAAGUUCUUCUGAAAUUUCUAAAGAUCUCGUAUCUGUUCCAAAUAUUAAAAAUAGUGAUUCUCAGUUAGACACGAGAGAUUCAUUGACUGUAGAUGAAAAAUGCUCCUUGUCUGGUCCUAAAAAAAAACCAAAAACCAGAUCUGGUGUGAAAAACAAUGAAAACUGUAGUAAGAAUUCUGUGAAGUCUCUGCGUGUAGGUAAAAAUAUCAGAGCUUCAAAGAAAAAAGGAAAUAAAUUUUCUUUGUUGAAACACUUAGUUUUACAAAAUAAGAAAUGUGAUGAAUCUAAAAACAAUUUAAAAUCUGAAAAUAAGGAACCUGUGAUUUCAAAUGUAAGUGAGAAUUUGAAAGAUAGCUGUAGUGGAGACAAAUCAGAUUUUGAUUCUCUGUCCGCUUUAGAUGAGUCAAAUGAAUCUGGUUCAACAGAACGCAUUGUGAGUUUUGUUGUCUCAAAUACAGAGGAAAUAUUAGCCAAAGGUGAAAUCCAGCCACAUCAACCAUGUGCAGAAAAUGCAGUCAUUAAUUCAGAAAAACCAUUCAUCUGCAAAGUGUGUGAUAAAGUGUUACCUGAUAGUUCAUCUCUUACUACUCAUUCUUGGGUUCAUACCAAACCAUAUUCUUGUACAGACUGCCAGGCUCAGUUUUCUACCAAGGGAAAUUUAAUUGUUCAUAUGAGAAAACAUACUGGAGAAAAACCCUAUUGUUGUUCAAAGUGUUCUUCAAGAUUUUCAACAAAAGGAAAUUUAAAAAGGCAUUUGAAAACACACAGUGGGGAAAAACCAUGGCAGUGUAAUCGAUGUGGUGGUCGUUUUACUGAAAAAAAAAGCUUAAAUGUACAUAUGAGGCGUCACACAGGGGAAAAACCUUAUCAAUGCAAAAUGUGUGGGAAAAAGUUUGCUCAAACUGGUGUCCUUCAAACACAUAUGGCUAUGCAUUUAGACCAAAAGGUACAUCUCUGUGAACGUUGUGGGAAAGCCUUUCGUCAGAAGUCUCAGUUGCGUUUACACAAACUUCGUCAUGAUAAUAUACGAAAAUACAAUUGUGUUAAUUGUCCUGCUAAUUUCUUAACAAAAGGUGAUUUAGAAAGACAUGCUCGAACACACACUGGUGAAAGGCCUUUUGUAUGUGAUGUUUGUUCUAGAACAUUCACUAGACAGCAAUCUUUGAAUGAACAUAUGAAUAGGCAUUAUGGACUUAAACCAUAUGAGUGUAAAUAUUGUGGCAAAACUUUUGCUGAAAUGUCAGCAUGUUAUAAGCAUAUCAAGUCUCAUGAGAAAACUGGUGAUAUUUCAAAAGCAGAUCCAAUAACUCAGGAACCAAAGUCUCAUAGUGUACAAUUGUGUCCUACUGAAAAUUCCGAUGGAAAGCUACAGAAUGCUGACAGUAAUUCAAAGAUUCUUACAACCAUUUUAAAUACUAAUAAUGCAGGUUGUGAACUGGGUAAUGAAAGAAGCCAUUCAGUUGCUGUCUUUUGUUGCUUGCAGUGAGGAAAAUGGUAUAGUAGCAAACAGAAUAGGUGAUUUAACUGCAAUAAAUUUAUUAGCAAAUGCUUCUCUUGUUCAACAAACAUUUUAAAUUAAAAGGUUGCUGUUAUCUUAAAUAAAUUAUGAAUUUCUUGGAAAGGAGGACAAAAGAAAAUUAUAUAUUUCCGUUUUAUGAAAUCCAGUUCUUUUAUUCUUAAUUAAAUAUGAAAAUGUACUCAAGUAUUCUUUAUGUAUUUCUCAUUUUUUAAUGAAUUUUGUUACUAAUAAAAGCUGAAUGCAUCUAUUUAAAUUUUAAAAUGGACUAAUUAUGGUUUAAAAUGGAUUUUAUUUAUCUACUGAUUGUCAAAAAUGAAACAUUUUAAAGUAACAAGGCAGGUACUUGAAAGCAGAGUACUGUCAACUCCUGAUUUAUUGAGGUAAUAUAUGUGGGAGGAAUAGAAUAGGUGAUUUGACUACAAUAAAUUUAUUAGCAAAUGCUUCUAUUGUUCAACAAACAAUUUAAAUUAAAAGGUUGCUGACAUAUUUUAACAAAGGUUGCAUGGUUAACUCAAAAUCAUGAUUAGUCCAAAGCCAAUUUUUAAAAAAGUCGAGAUAAAUAACUUAUAUGAUAAGAAAAAUGCUAUAAGAUAAUUUACCUGUACAGUACUUUCAGGAACUUCAGGGUUUAAUAAAGUUUCAAAUCAAUUUUAUCAACAAACAAAAUUACAGUACAGUAAAAUAUGCAAAAAAAAAAAAAAAAAAAAAAAAA